AUGUUGAUCUUCCCAGGUGUAUUUCUUGCUGUCCAUCAGGUCCCAGCACGCCGCAGCAUCUCCGAGACCUUGCGGGCGGCCUCCACGGAGGAGGAGCCCACAGAGGAGAUUUUUGACCAGCUGCUGGAGCAUCUGGAGGAGUCCCUCAUGCAAGUUGAGCUUUCGCAGCACCACGCUGUCUUGCUGAAGCGUGCGGAGCUGCACCUGCUCAGCUUGCUGGGGGGGCUCCGGGACUUGCUCAUGAGGUCCUUGCGCAGCCAAGCCCGAAGCCGCAUGGCGGACUUGGUUGGCUGCGCAAGGGCUUCGCGGCUGCGGGCGGUGCUGGACUCCCUGCACUUGUCCGCAGGCCGCUGCACCGAUGACCGGGUUGCCAGCUGCCGCGUCGCUUGCGACGCGGUGGAUGGCGUCCUGGGGGACUUCGGGCUUCAGGAUUGGGCCGCGAUGUGCAAGAGGAGAAGCGCCUGGCCCUGCAGCAAGCGCUUGAGCAGAAACGUUUGGAGGAAGCGCAGCUGCAGAAGUCACGGGAGCGGCAGCAAGCUGAGCUGCGCAAGACGCAGGAGGAGCAACGUGCUGCUUUAG